CUUUCUGCGACCAACGUUGCGGAUCGUUGACUCCGUCCAGCAAAAAAGGACACCCACCUAACUGAUGUGAUAUCAUGAUAUGUAAAUAAUCUAAAUCUAUAAAGCAUAGAAUUCAAAUAAAUGAAAACAAUAUCUAUUUAGGGCAGUGGUUUUACUAGAGACUACACCGAUCGUACGGGAAAACUCCCGAACGAGCUGAAGUGAUGUACAGAACGUCACACUCACGUCCCAUAUUUUAAAAAUAGAAAUUCAGGAGCGCGCUCUUCGCCGACGGCAUGUGCCGGUUUCCACAUGCAGUAUUUUAACCUUAAAACACACAAUCUUUGACUGUGAACCAGUGUAUCGCGAAAAUGUCUCAAAAGGACAACGGCUUCUUCAGAAAGUUCCAUGAAACUAUCAACGAACAAAUUGACGACGUCACAAGAAACAACUUUGCCAAUUUAGAAUGCAACUCGAAGCGGGCAUCCUACUUGUGCAGUCUUCCUGUGAUAAAGAACUAUGAUAUUACUGCCGACGUGGAGAAAUGUCAGACGGGCGGUAAAUUCCCAGUGAAAAAGGAUUUGGAAAGAGCGCGCCAGUUGAAAGAGGAGGGCAAUAAAGCGGUGCUGAAAGGUGAUUGGGUCAAAGCUCUGCUCUGGUACAGCCAGAGUAUGCUUUAUAUGCCAGCUAAGGAAUCGGACGAGCUGGCAAUACUUUUCGCAAACAGAUCAGCUGCAUUGAACCAUUUGGAGCAAUAUGAGGAGACCCUGACUGACAUUAAACGCUGCUUAGCCCUGGGAUACCCACGCCACCUGAGAUACAAAGUGUUCGAACGCAAAGCCAGGACCCUGCUAGUGCUGAAGAGAAAUAAGGAAGCAAUCACAGCUUUCCAGGACACCAUCACCGCGCUAGAUGAAGCCAACAAACUAGAUAAGGAAAAGCGACAAAAAAUUAGAACAGAUGCUAAACUUAUGUUGGAAAUUUUGAAUAAGGGUCUCGUUUUAGCCGGCAAUCCUAAAGACCCAGAACCCUUAAAGAAACUGCCUCCGAAGCCAAAAUUACCAGGCAAACAUAACGCUAACUACCCUGCUGCUUCUGAAGCAAUACAUAUAGACCAGGACGAAGAACGAGGCAGAUUUGCAACGGCUACAAGAGAUAUUCAAGUCGGAGAAAUUCUCCUGGUUGAAAAGCCACAUAGCGGAGUCCUGCUUGGUGAAUAUGCCGGUACACAUUGUCAAUAUUGCUUUGUAAAAUGCCCGAUACCUCUACCGUGUCCAAAAUGCCCAAAUGUUAUUUUCUGUAGCGAAAAAUGCUUAGACGCUGCCCAAAAAUCUUACCAUGCAUACGAAUGCCACAUUCUCCCGCUCAUAUGGAAGUCUGGAUGCUCAAUAACAUGCCAAAUUGCAUUAAGGAUGAUCACACAACAUAGUAAAGAGUAUUUUACGAAAAUCUAUGGUGAUUUAAACGCAAAGCCAAAUGGAACUUACAAAACUGAAGACUACAGAAAUAUUUAUCACUUAGUCACCCAUGAAAGCAAAAGGAAUAAAUUGGAUUUAUUGCAUAGGACGCAAAUGACAUCAUUUCUUAUAAAAUUGCUAGAAGUCAGUGGAUACUUUGAUGGUAAACCGAGAGACAUACCCGUCACAAUGGAGGAACUGAAAUCUAUGGCGGUGGACGAGAAACAUAGAGACGACGUAGCACUAUUUGGUGCUUUGAUACUGAAAAACUUACAAGUACUUCAAUUCAAUGCUCAUGAAGUAUUCGAAUUGCAGUGUCCAAGGCCUAAAGUAGGACAUAAUGUAAUUAAACAUGGUGGAAAAUCUGUUUUCAUAGCCGGGGCAGUUUUCCCAACACUUGCCUUGUUUAAUCACUCCUGUGAUCCUAGUGUUGUCAGGUAUUUUUGCGGACCUAACGUAGUAGUUCGAGCUAUUAAAAAUAUAAAGAAAGGUGAAGAAGUAUCGGAAAACUACGGGCCCAUAUUUACUACAGUUCCGAAAGAGAAAAGACAGGCACAGCUCAAAGAUCAAUACUGGUUUGAUUGCAACUGCAUCCCCUGCAAAGAAAACUGGCCAACCUACGAAGAGAUGAACGAGAAUUAUAUGCGGUUCAAGUGUGAUUCCGACCAACCCUGUCCUAACGUGGUGGCUGUUCCACACGACUGCAAGGAGUUUAUGGUGCAGUGCGGCCUUUGCCAACAGUACACGAAUAUUCUCAAAGGACUCAAGUCUUUACAAGACACAGAGAUGAUGUAUCGACUGGGUCGUGCUGCUAUGGAGGAAGGCAAAUAUGGUGAAGCAAUGAAGAAAUUUAUUGAAGUGAUAAAGCUAUAUGACUCCACUUUAUCCCCACCUUAUAGGUCAUAUUAUGAUUGUGCUCAAGACUUAAGGAGUUGUAUAUUAGCAACUGGAAAUUACAGUAUUGUGUAAAAUAAAUAACUUAACAAUGUGUCAAUACAAUUUUAACAGUUUGUAUUUUGUCAGAUGAAUAGAAAUAAAUCAAAUUAAAGUAUAGUUUAGUAACGAAUGCCUUCGUAUGGCUUUGCUGCCCCUUACAGCUUUUGCAGCCACCCCUCGCAGUCUUUCAUCCUGUGCCAUGGUCGCUUCUGGCCGUAAGCACUCAUAGAAAUGAAAUUAUUAUUAAAGUGUCUGAGUUAAACCGUUAAACCUAUUAUUUUCACCUAUAGUGUCAGUUUAGAUUUAAUGAAGCGAAAAAAACAUAUACGUAUACAAUAACAGAACACAAAUACAACCAUCUUCGUACCUAAAUAACCUCUGAGUGCGAAUAACUCUAUCAAAGAUAAGCCUAUAAAUUGUUGUAUUCAUAGUUUAUUUUUGUUAUCAGGAAAUUUUUAUUUCGCUAAAAAUCAAACUUACUGAGCAAAUACUAGAUGAAAUUUUAAAUUCGGAGAUUAUUUGUGAAUGUUUACCACUUAACGUUUCUAUGACAACCAGUCAGUGAUGACAACCACGCCUUUUUAACAUUCUCCCUUUUUACGUGAGGCAAAAAAAACAAUGCCCAUGCAGCCUAGUCUUAAGUUUUAUUAAUUUUCUUUUUAAACAUUAGAAUGUCAGUGUGAC